AUGGAAUGCUCAACCUCAAACUCCGACCCUGAAACCACUCAACAAAUGCGCAAACUCGAUGCUAUCACCACUUCUCUUUCCGAAUGCUUCCAAUCCCUCAAGAUCACAGCGCAACAAACUUCUCGAAAACAAGAUCAACUAGAAGAGACUAAAGGCACCCUGAAGGAAGUGGAAGAUGAACUUGUUAAAGUACUCGCAGAAAAGAUCCGCAAAGAGGCCAAGCGAAUGGCUUUGAUGGAUGUUAUUGCUUCUGCAAAGGCUAGAGUUGGAAACCUCAACAAUAGUGUUCAAGAGCUUCGGAUUAGGAAACAAGAAUACACCUCAUUUUUAUCUCAGCAGUCUCUUGCUUUAGCAGCAUCUGAGGGGAUUAUAAAUGGGAGCAUUGAUCACACACAUGACACGCGACAGGCCAUCUCUUGGUAUAACAAUGUACUCGGUUUUCAUGUCAAAGGGGGACAUGGGGUUAAGUUCACUUUCACGAAUAUAGAUUUGAAGAAUCCAAAUAGAGAGUACUCUUUUACUGUGUACCAUGACAAAAAUACCUACUUGUUGUUAAGUUGUGAACCUUCCCUUGAUGGUAUUGAGGAGUUGGUCCAUGAAUUAAACAAAACAAAUGAUCUAUUCAAGUUUGUUAGAGUUAUAAGGAGCAAAUUUCAAAAAAAAUUGGCCCAAGGGAGCUCAGUUCGAACAACAGUUAAACCUGAAGAAUCAGCCUUUAUCUCUUCAUCUGCUCCAGGUUCAUCUGGUAGAAGUGAUUCUACAACCACAGAAAAUGAACAUCAAGUGGAAUUCUCUGAUGGCAGUGCACUUUUAAAGAGAAAAAACACCCGCACAAGGAAAAAUUUGGCACUUUUAUCUCCUGAUUCUGCCUCAUCUGUUCGUCAGUCUCCGCGUUUAAAGGUUAGGAAAUAA